GUGUUGGCAACACUGAUACUUUACGUCAUGCAAUUUCGUUUCAACCAUUUCAACAAUUUCUCAAGUGCGUGUUUGUAGUCGGUCACCGUUUUUGCUGUAAAAUAUUAAAAGCAAGCAAUUGCUCACAAAAACAUAUCAACCAGUUAUUAAUCAGCAGUUUGAAAUCCCCCAGCGUGUAAAAUGUCCUUAAAGGCAGUGUGUGUUCUCAACGGGGAUGUUACCGGCACUGUGUAUUUUGAACAGAGGGACGCCAAAUCUCCAGUAGUGCUUACUGGUGAAGUCAAGGGUCUUACUAAGGGAAAGCAUGGUUUCCAUAUACAUGAGUUCGGAGACAACACCAACGGUUGCACGUCAGCUGGCGCCCACUUCAACCCGCUGAAGAGCGACCACGGAGCGCCCGACGCCACUGUCAGACAUGUCGGCGACCUCGGCAAUAUUGAUUGCUCCUACGAUAAGGGAGUCACCAAGGUGUGUGUGCAGGACGAGCAGAUAUCUCUGGUGGGGCCCCACAGCGUGGUGGGUCGCACGCUGGUCGUGCACGCCGACCCCGACGACCUCGGGCUCGGCGGGCACGAGCUCAGCAAGACCACCGGCAACGCUGGCGCUCGCAUCGCUUGUGGCGUCAUCGGCCUUGCCAAGAUCUAAAUCUAUCUACUCAUAGAUGGAUAAGAGAUAAUUCACUGGACUUGCUAAAUUUAAUGAGAUCGACGUCUAGACAGAACUACCGAUCUACAUAAUGCACGCCAAAAAGUCUUGUAAAAACUUAAAAUACUACUAAAAGAAUAAAAACACUUUAAGAGAUAAAGGAAACUUGCUGUUUCUCGAAAGUGAAUGAAAGCUUUUCGCCUGUCAAAAUGUUGACUUUAAUAUUUAUAUUAUAAAAAUUUAAAUCUUUCAGUGGAUUGUCUCCAUACUUUUAUCUCUUAGGCAAAGUAAUCCUAGUGGCUUAUUGUUAUAUAUCACUUUCUAAUUGUCUAGAUGUUAAAAAUUAGGUUUAUUUUACGACUGUUGACUUACAUUACGUAUACCCAUUUAUAACCUUUACAACUGGAACAAUUUCAUAUGAAAUUAUUGAUUGAGACAUUCACAAACUUUUCUCUGUCAAAAAUUAUUUUUAAAGAUAAAAAUUUUGGUUCAGUACCAGAUGGUUUUUCAGAAAUAGGAUCUUUAAAAACUAGCUACUAUGUAGUUUGGAAUCGAAAACUUCAAUAGUAGUUAGCAUACUUUACAGAAAUUUGAAGAGCGGGACCUAUAACCCAUUUUCCUAAAAGUCUAAAAGAGACAUAUUUAAUAUAUCCGAACCGUUUUGUGUUAACUCUAAAAUAUGUCCGGCAGGUGUAUGUGCAGGACAAACAGAUAUCUCUAGUGCCCGAACACCCCAACAGCAUAGUGGGUCGCACGCUGGUCGUGCACGCCGACCCCGACGACCUCGGCGUCGGCGGGCACGAGCUCAGCAAGACCACCGGCAACGCCGGCGCUCGCAUCGCUUGUGGCGUCAUCGGCCUUGCCAAGUCUUAGUUUCAUCCAUGGAUAAGAGAUAAUCACUGGUCCUUCUAAAUUACAUUGACCGACGUCUAGACAAAACUACUGAUAUGUUACAUUCAGAGAUCCACUGAAGCAUAAAGAUGUAACGGGCAGCACUUUGUAAUUUAAAAUUCCAAGCAGCAUUCGCAAGCAUAGCUUGCGACUUCACUUUUUCUUGAAAUAAAAAAAUUGUUUUAUAAGCAAAAUGUUGAAUUUGUUUCAUAAUUGAAUGAAUCCUUUCAGUGGAUUGUCUCCAUAUUUUACCUCUUAGGCUGAAAAUCCCAGUGGCUUAUUGUUGUAUCACUCUUCUAAAUGUCUACAUAUUAUGUUUAUACUACAUUUUUGGUCAAUAGAUAGAAUUGUUAGUAUAACAUAAUAGUAUAUAACUAUUUAAUAAACAAUGUCACUAAAGUGACAAAUAUAAGAUUAAAAUGUGUUAUUUAAGGUUUUAGAACCAUUGGUAUCAUGUUUAUUCCUAGGUGAUGUAUUUUGCAUUUCUGAACAAAUAGCAUUUGUUCUGUAACUUGUUUUGUUUUAUUAAAUUGUUCGGGAAUUGGUA